AGAGAAACCACAGUUCCCAUUUCAUUCAUAUACAGUUCAGAGCAAAAGCAAAGGAAAGCAAAGCAAGCAGAGAAGAAAUCUCAGGGGAAAAGAAAGAAUGGAUUCGGAGGAUUAUAGCAAAGGGGAAAGCGAAGUUCUUGGCUCCAGCUUGACGAUGGAGAAAGUAGCUGCGGCUAAGCAGUUUAUAGAGAAUCAUUACAGAGCUCAUAUGAAGAAUAUACAAGAGCGAAAAGAGAGAAGAUGGGUACUGGAGAGGAAGUUAGCUACAUCGGAUGUGCCAAAGGAAGAACAAUUUAAUCUAAUCAAAGACUUAGAGCGGAAGGAGACAGAAUACAUGCGACUUAAAAGACAUAAGAUAUGUGUUGAUGACUUUGAACUUUUGACUAUCAUUGGGAGAGGUGCAUAUGGAGAGGUCCGUCUGUGCAAGGAGAAGAAGUCUGGAAAUAUUUAUGCGAUGAAAAAACUGAAGAAAUCUGAUAUGCUCAGCAAAGGACAGGUUGAACAUGUUAGAGCUGAGAGAAAUUUGCUUGCAGAAGUGGCGAGUCACUGCAUUGUGAAACUAUACUAUUCGUUCCAAGAUGAUGAGUACUUAUACUUGAUUAUGGAAUAUCUUCCUGGCGGUGACAUGAUGACACUCCUAAUGAGGGAAGAUAUUUUAACUGAAGAUGUAGCUAAAUUUUAUAUUGCUCAGAGUGUUCUUGCUAUUGAAUCCGUUCACAAACAUAACUAUAUCCACAGAGAUAUUAAACCGGACAAUCUCCUGUUGGAUAAAAAUGGUCACAUGAAGCUCUCUGAUUUUGGUCUUUGCAAGCCUCUUGACUGUAGAACUUUGUCUACACUCAAAGAAGAUGAACCCAUGGAGGAUGAAAAUGUGAAGGAACCUAUGGAUAUUGAUGGAAGUAAUCAUGAUUCUGAUAAUAGGAGUAUUGGGAGAACUCGUAGUGAACAACUUCAGCAUUGGCAGAUGAACAGGAGGAAGUUGGCAUUUUCUACGGUGGGAACACCCGAUUAUAUUGCACCUGAGGUGUUAUUGAAGAAGGGAUAUGGCAUGGAGUGUGACUGGUGGUCAUUAGGUGCUAUUUUGUAUGAGAUGCUUGUGGGAUAUCCUCCAUUUUACUCUGAUGAUCCUAUAACAACUUGCCGAAAGAUUGUCCACUGGAGAAAUCAAUUGAAAUUCCCAGAGGAUGCAAAGUUGUCAAUUGAGGCGAAGGAUCUCAUUUGCAGGUUACUCUGUGAUGUUGAACACAGACUGGGGACUGGAGGAGCUUACCAACUUAAGGCUCAUCCUUGGUUUAAUGAUAUUAUAUGGGAUAAGCUGUAUGAGAUAGAUGCAGCAUUUAAACCAGAAGUCAACGGAGAGUUAGACACCCGAAAUUUUAUGAUGUUUGAUGAACUAGGUCCACCGACAUCUGCAAAAUCUGGCUCUGGAUCCUCGAGAAAGUUGCAUUUGACUCCGAAAGAUUUGAACUUUGUGGGGUAUACAUACAAGAAUUUCGAUGCUGUCAAGGCAGCACUCCGUAAUUCAUCUGGUGUAUUAAAAAAUGGUAAAAAUGGGAGAGGUGAGGAAGCAGAUGUACAAAUGUAUGCAGCAGCAUCAACUGGUGAUGAUGCUAUGUCACCAUAAUAAGCUGAUGUUUUUGUUUUUGUUUUUUCUCAUUUGAAAACUUCCAUGGAAGCCGAUGAUGAUGAUGAUGCAUAGGUUCUAGGGUUUCAUAAGGAAGUAAGGGAUUAGAGUUUUGUGAUUGUGUAAAAGAGAAGAAUAGUUUUUGUGUGUGUAGUAGGAUCUUUGAAGAAGAUGGCAGAACUACCCAGGUUGGCAGGAUAAAGCUUGUCUUCACUUGAGGCAGUUUCUGAUUUUUAUCUUUUUUUUUGAAAAAUUAAUUUUUGUAAGUUGGUGAACAACAACCAUCAUAACAACUCUGUAGUUUCUCUAUUUAACCUCCCAAAUUUCGAUAAACAAAUAUUAUUAUUA